CUUCUAUAUAUACUCACGUAACUCACGCAUAUAUCCCGCAUGAGCAGUCAAUCCUGAGUUGCAGAGAGAUUGAGAAGGCCCUAGAAGGAGUUUACUUGACGUAAAAGGUCUGAUACAGUUAAGGUUGUUUAGGGAAUUUGAGAUCGACUUAAGUGUUUUGACAAGGUGAAAUCGAGAUGGUUGAAGGGGGAGUCACGAAAGCUGAUAAGACAGAAUUCACAGAAUGUUGGAGGGUAGCAUGGAAGACACCUUAUAUUUUAAGGCUAGCACUCUCAGCUGGUAUUGGAGGUCUCCUCUUUGGUUAUGAUACUGGUGUGAUAUCUGGUGCGUUACUUUACAUCAAAGAUGACUUUGAUCAGGUUGAUAGGAAAACGUGGCUACAGGAAUUGAUCGUUAGCAUGGCUGUUGCCGGAGCUAUAUUUGGUGCUGCAAUUGGAGGAUGGCUAAACGAUAGACUUGGGAGAAAAAUAUCCAUUCUAAUUGCAGAUGUUCUCUUCUUCAUUGGUGCAAUCCUUAUGGCCAUUGCUCCAGCUCCUUGGCUGAUAAUCAUUGGAAGAAUCUUUGUAGGUUUAGGAGUUGGGAUGGCUUCUAUGACAUCCCCUCUUUACAUCUCAGAAGCUUCUCCAGCAAGAAUCCGAGGUGCACUUGUAAGCACAAAUGGUUUUUUAAUCACUGGUGGACAAUUCUUGGCUUACCUUAUCAAUCUAGCCUUCACUCGGGCGCCUGGAACUUGGCGAUGGAUGCUUGGCGUUGCUGGAGUCCCAGCACUGGUUCAAUUUCUUCUAAUGUUGUUCCUUCCAGAGUCUCCCAGAUGGCUUUACAGAAAUAACAAAGUUGAUGAAGCCAGAGCAAUUCUAGAGAAGAUUUACCCUGCAAAUGAAGUCGAGAUUGAACUAAAUGCCCUUAAGUUAUCUGUCGAGCAGGAGAAGGCUGAGGAGGCUUCAAUCGGAGAGAGUCUUCCAGCAAAACUAAAGGGUGCUUUUAGUAACAAAGUUGUUCGGAGAGGAUUAUAUGCAGGAGUCACAUGUCAAGUGGCUCAGCAAUUUGUGGGUAUAAAUACAGUCAUGUAUUACAGUCCUUCAAUUGUUCAGUUUGCUGGAUAUGCUUCAAACCAGACAGCACUGGCAUUAUCUCUUGUUACUUCUGGUUUGAACUGGCUAUGCACGCUUAUAAGCAUGGCUUUCGUAGAUAGAUAUGGAAGGAGAAGGAUGAUGAUUGUAUCUAUGUUUGGUAUCAUAUUUUGCCUUGUUGUGUUGGGAGUAGUAUUCCAUGAAGCAUCGAUUCAUUCACCUAAGGUCGAUCAAGUUCAAUCCACCCAAUUUGCCAACUCCACUUGCAGCUCUUUUGUUCAAGCCACCAAUCCAUCUCGGUGGAAUUGCAUGAAAUGCUUGAAAGUCGAGUGUGGUUUUUGUGCCAACAAAAACCAAUAUGCUCCUGGAACCUGCUUGGCAAGGACAGAUUUACUGGAAGAUUCAUGUCAUGCUCAAGGAAGGACAUGGUACAAGGAUGGUUGUCCGAGCAAAUUCGGUUUCCUAGCUGUUGUGUUCUUGGCUUUAUACAUCUUUGUAUACGCGCCCGGAAUGGGAACUGUUCCAUGGAUAGUGAAUUCGGAGAUAUAUCCGCUGAGGUACAGAGGUGUUGGUGGAGGAAUUGCAGCAGUAUCUAACUGGUCAUCCAACUUGGUAGUGAGCUUGACAUUUUUAACUCUCACUAAAGCCAUUGGUUCUUCUGGGACUUUCUUGCUCUUUGCUGGGUUCUCCUGUGUCGGGUUAAUUGCCAUAUUUUUCUUGGUGCCUGAAACCAAAGGACUGCAAUUUGAGGAGGUUGAGAAGAUGCUGGAAAUUGGGUAUAAACCAAGUUUAUGUGGUGGGAAGAAGAGUAAAGAUCGGGGUGCUGUUAAUAAUGCUUAAAAGAGC